GCAAGUGAACGAGUUAAGUGUUUGUUAUGAUCUCCGUAGGUGCCAAUAGGCAGCAUUGGUGUGUUGGUGAUCUCGCGGACACAGCAAAAUGCUCAGGGUUGUUCAAGGGCUUCGGUGGCAAGUCCAGCGGAGCGGCUUGACCGGCUUUCCGUUGGUAUCUGCGUGUCCUUUAAGUACAUCGAUUAGUUCCAGUGCCGCACAAAAAGAGCAGAUUGGUGAUCAGCCUGCCGGAAACGAUGAAGCCACCCUUACGCGUCCAGGAUACUCACCCUUUCAAAUCGACUUCAAGACUAAUAAAGUGGAGUACGCACUAGCCCGUGCAGAUGAUUUAGUAAACUGGGCCAGAAAAGGCUCGCUAUGGCCGCUGACAUUCGGCCUUGCGUGCUGUGCCGUUGAGAUGAUGCACAUCGCUGCUCCACGAUAUGACAUGGAUCGUUUCGGCGUCGUGUUUCGGGCUUCUCCGCGACAAGCGGACGUCAUUAUUGUUGCCGGAACCGUCACCAACAAAAUGGCGCCGGCUCUUCGGAAAGUCUACGAUCAAAUGGUUGACCCGUGUUGGGUGAUCUCCAUGGGAUCAUGCGCCAACGGUGGUGGCUAUUAUCAUUAUUCGUAUUCAGUUGUCCGUGGCUGUGAUCGUAUUAUCCCUGUAGACAUUUACGUACCCGGAUGUCCACCUACUGCUGAGGCGCUGAUGUAUGGCAUCCUGUUGCUUCAGAGAAAGAUUAAGCGUAUGAACAGUGCACAGAUGUGGUACCGCAAGUAACUGAGAAGUAGCAGUUGCAAACUUAUCUCUAGGGGCGAGACGAAAGUAAAAUAGAAUAGGAUGCGUCAUCUACAAAUGGUACCGUCUUCUUUUCUGAAAAACGGCAAAACGCUUUUAGCAGUUUGUAUAUACGAUCUUGCAGUCGGAUGACAAUGAUUCGGCCGGAUGACGAAGGUGACAAUAAAAUAGAAACCCAAAUGAAAUGCGAACGUUUAUUAAGUUGGGUCAAUCAGGCCUGACAAUACCGUACGGAGAACGGUUUAGACAGCAGGAAUCUGCCUGAAAUACAUGAUAAAAUGGUCUGAAAAAAAUACUUCGACGUGUAGUCAGAUGAAAGAUGCCUUUUUGGGUUUAUGAUGAGCAGCUCUGAUGAGCAUUGUUGUAGUAAAAGGAAAUAUAGCAAUUAAUUAUUUCAGAGUUAAGUGAUAAAUGUAAGGUGGACGGAUCACACGUCUAUACACACUAUACGGCAUGCAACAACAAUAAAUGCAGUCGAAAGUAGACGUUUUAACAACAGUAAUAUAGAAUCUGUUGUCUUUUGGUAAAGACAGUUAGUGUUAAAAGACAAAAAAAAAAUUGUUUGCGGAUUUUGUGACGCAAACAGUAUUUUUUUUAAGGUACAUAUUCUUUGCAUUUAUUCAAGGGAUCACCUUGAGUCUGUUUUUGUAUUCAGUUGUCAUGAAAACAGCUUUGAGUGGUUCACCCUUUUAAAGAGAUUUGACUUCAAACUCCAUAAUGACCCUUUACGUUUUCUUUUGGUUUUAAUAAUUGGUAAUUCAGAAUGAAAAGUGGCAAACAUUAGUCUCAUAUUUCAUAAUAACGCUAUUUUAUAAUUGGUGACAUUUAGCGGAACUUCUUUGGUCUUCGAGGUGCGCUCGUACACUUCGAAAUAUAGGAGUGUUUGCUUGUAUAUUCAUUCAGGCUUUUAACAAAUAAACCAUAGUAAGCCUGAAAAAUCACAAUUUUUAAGUUUCCGCGAGUAUAAGUCCCAUUAUAAAAUUUUAGUAGUGAAGACAAGCUCUGCAUUUGCUAAAGGCUCUACAACUAGGAAUAUCUUUAACCGUUAGUUCAACAAGUGCCCGAAAGGAAACUUUGAACUCAAAAAUGAGCACUGUUGAAGACCCUCGAUAGAUCACAACGAGUUAAGAGCUGUGGUGAAAUCGGACCCAUCUCAAAAUGCAUGAGUAGUAGUAUUCAAGUUUAACGUGCGUAAAAAUGCCAUACUUGUUUGCCUCAGUCAACUUAAUAAAGUAAAAAAAAUUGGCAAAUAGUGCUGCGUGAUUUGAGCAAGGAUAAAAAACAAAAAUGUAUGGACGUUCUUUUUUGCCCUCACGCUGCUGCAGUGGCCCAUUUUUGCACUUAAUUGCAACCUGCGAUGAACGAUCGAUUCUCUAUGGUAAUAAAGCACGAUCACAUCAAUAGGCGCAUGCGACUGAUGGGGCAUCAUGCUAAAGCGAUUGUAUAGCUUUAAGAAUAUAUGGUGUACGUUAGUGGGCUAAUACAGGCGUUACGUACUACAGCUUUAUGAGUUCUGGUUCGUCUAUAAUGACUGAAAUGUACCGGAAACAAUUAUUAUUACACAGAUUAUUUUUGUUAAUGUUAACAGCUUUUUCGUAAAAAAAAUAUUUGGAUUGUAGAAAUUGCUCUUCGAAACUUCAUAGAUUUUUGUUCUAUUACUCUAGAAAUUCUAUAGCAGCGGAAAAAGCUACCAGCCAGAUACCAGGAGGUCGUUGAAAUUAAAGUUACACGAUUUGAAUGAAAAUAAAAUUGCACAUGUAAAAAAAAUCCAAACAGCUACAAUUCAUUACGUUACGUUUUGUACAAAACGGCGACCCAAUACUCACAAGAAAACCAGGUUUUAAAUGAACGUUUUUGUGUGAAAGGAAGUAGGUAAAGCUUAAUGAUGGUGUUAGCGUGAUAGCCAAAUUCAGCCUGGUU